AAUUCAAAUUUCGGUUUUACUUUAUUUUCGCUGCAGUUUGCUCGUGCCAUAAAUUGUUCUUUGACAAAGACAUCAUCAUCAUCCAUUAUCAAUGACCUCGAAACUUGCGAAACUUCCCGUCCUUCAAGAAUCUGGAUAACAAAGAUUCAUAGCGCCAACUAAGACUCAUAGUGAUAGUAGAUUAUUCUCUAAAUUUUUUAUGCACAAACCCAACAACCCAACCAUUGGUUGACCCUUUAUAUAAAAAGGUAACCAACCAGGCUUAUCAUUCAUUACAAAUUUGCAAAAUUUAGAAGCUUCUGUUGAGGAUUCGCAUUGUUCUGAAACUCAUGGAGAAAAGCUCUAUGAUCAACCCUGAGCUUGUUGUUAAUUACAAAUUCCCCGAGGAGACAUUCACUUAUGAUGAGAGAGAUGCAACCCUGUAUGCACUAGGUGUUGGAGCAUGUGCAAGAAAUGCUUUAGAUGACAAAGAGCUCAAAUAUGUUUAUCAUGAAGAUGGGCAGAAAUUCAUCAAGGUCUUGCCAACUUUUGCAGCUAUAUAUCCUCUUGGAGUGGAUGUUGCAGGAAUACCUGGCUUGUCUUUUGAUCCGCGUUUAUUAUUACAUGGACAACAGUUCAUAGAAAUCUACAAGCCAUUGCCGACUCAUGGUUGCAUACGGAAUAAAACACGUGUUGUAGGAUUGCAUGAUAAAGGUAAAGCAGCUGUUAUUGAAAUUGAAGUUACAAGUUGUAUGGAGUCAUCUGAUGAGCCGAUCUGCAUGAAUCGGUUAACACUAUUUUUAAGGGGUGCUGGGGGCUUCUCAAAGGCACAACGCCCAUAUUCUUACUCGAACUAUCUCACCAAUCAAAGCUUAGCUUUUAAGCAUCCAAAAAGUCAGCCCUUUGCAGUUUACGAGGAAUGUACUCUGCCGUCACAGGCAUUGCUAUACAGGUUGUCUGGUGAUUAUAAUCCUUUGCACUCUGAUCCAGCGUUUGCAGGAAAGGCAGGAUUUUCUCGCCCUAUACUGCAUGGGCUUUGCACUCUUGGGUUUGCAGUCAGAGCUAUAAUCAGAUGUAUAUGUGGAGGAGACCCCAGCAUGGUCAAAAGUAUAUCAGGUCGACUACUUCUGCAUGUGUACCCUGGAGAAACAUUAGCAACAGAGAUGUGGCUAGAAGGCUCAAGUGUAAUGUACCAAGUGAAGGUGAAAGAACGGAACAAGACAGUCCUUUCUGGCAUAGUGAAUCUGAAUCAUCUAGCUUCAUCAUUAUGAAAUUUUACGCUACAAAUAUAAGGUCCCAUCUGGCCCAUCUUGAUGUGAGGACCUCGGACGCCUGGCUUCAUUUGGGCAAGAAAUGCUAUGCUGUACUUUGAAAUUGUAGGCGGACAUUUCCAACAUCAAUUUGGAACAUCUAAAAGCUUUUUUUCCUUUCCAGAGUAUAUUUUAAAAGAAUUCUUGUUACUGGUGCAGUUUAGCUGUAUUAUAUUCCAACUGGGCAAGAUUGCCAAAAGUUUGGGUCCAGCUGAUAAAGUAGUCGACCUCCAGUUUGUUACAAUGAUAGGGACUACAGUUUGUUACAAUAAUACUCAUGUAUUGGAAUCAACCAUAUGCAUAAUAAGAAGCAUGUUUGAAUAGUUUGUUA